UUGCAGUCAUCCAACACUCUGAAGGCAUCUUAUGAAGACUGGCUGCUGACAUACGGCUUGAGCGUCUCUCCCUUUCACAUGCGAUGGCAAACAGCUCUCUUCAACCUCAAGUUCUACAACUGGGGGAGAUGGAGACCCAGAUUUCUGUAUUUAUGGUUCAGCAUGGGAAUGGUGUUUGGUAUAGUUGCCAUGUUUGGCUCUGUUAUUCUUCUCGGAAAGACACUGAUGCAAACACUGACACAGAUGCUUACGGAGGCACCAAAAGCCCAGAAUGAUCGUAUGCUGCAAGUUGUGGUGCCUGGUGUAAAUUUGCCUGUCAGCCAGCUGACCUAUUUCUUCUCUGCAAUCCUCAUCAGUGGUGUGAUACAUGAAGUCGGCCAUGGGGUGGCAGCUAUUCGGGAACAAGUACGAUUUAAUGGAUUUGGGAUUUUUAUCUUCAUUGUCUAUCCUGGAGCAUUUGUUGACCUCUUCACAACUCACUUGCAACUGAUAUCUCCGGUCCAGCAAUUAAGGAUAUUUUGUGCAGGAGUGUGGCAUAAUUUUGUUCUUGGUGUUGCAAGUUUCAUGGUUUUGUUUCUGCUGCCAGCCAUCCUUUUCCCUUUCUAUUACACGGGUGUUGGGGCACUUGUCACUGAGGUCGCAGAGGAUUCUCCUGCCAAUGGACCAAGAGGUCUUUUUGUGGGAGACCUUGUCACUAACCUACAAGACUGCCCAGUUUAUAGUGUGGAAGACUGGAAUUCCUGUCUGAGAGGCAUUUCGGAGAAGUCACAGGUCGGCUACUGUAUAAGUGCAGCUACCCUACAGCAGUUAAGCUUUCCAGCUAGAGUCUACAGAAGACUCGAUGGCUCAGUUGAAUGUUGUAGUAACAACAGCCUCACAGACAUUUGCUUUUCAUAUAGCAAUAACUUGGACAGCCACCUGUAUGCCUGUCUGCCAGCACGAAAAGUUAUUGAGGCCAGCAAAGUUUGUCGAACCAACAUGGACUGCCAGAAGGACUUUAUUCCAAGCUUUUGUGUGACUCCUUCUUUAGAGAACCAAACAAGGCUAAUCAGGGUAAAACACCCACCCCAUAUUGACAUGCUAUAUGUAGGACACCCCAUGCAUCUUCAGUACACAGUAAGUCUCAGCAGUUUUGUACCACGACAAAACUUUCUAAGCAUCGAUCUGCCUGUGGUAAUAGAGACAUUUUGCAAGUACCUAAUUUCACUGUCAGGAGCACUGGCAGUUAUCAAUGCUGUACCCUGUUUUGCUUUGGAUGGUCAGUGGAUAUUAAAUUCAUUCCUGGAAGCCACUCUGAGCUCCCUGAUUGUAGAAAAACAAAACAGAGAGCUUGUUGGCUUUUUAAUUUUGCUUGCUGGUAGUGCACUUUUGGCUGCCAAUGUUGCCCUGGGACUUUGGAUGGUGACAGCACGAUAG